AUGUAUGUGAACUUGAGUGAGUGGAAAGCGGCGAGAGAUUUACAGCAAAGACCAAGUUAUCUCGUUGUGGUUGAAACGAUCGCUUUGGGACUCAUUUUUGCAACCUCUACGACUGGAAAUAUUUUGUCCUGUGUCAUCAUGUACAGAAGCCCUCGACUGCGAACCUGGCACAACCUACUGCUUCUAAAUGUGAUUUUUGUGGACUUGCUAGCGACGAUUCUUUGCGUACCUUUUGCUUUUGUGGUUCUGCUCACGGGAAAGUGGUCGGGCGGGGAAUCACUCUGCUCUGCUUUUGCCUACAUGUCGUGUUUGCUUCUCAUUGUUUCCAUAAUAACUUUAGCUACGAUAAGCAUCAGUCGUUAUUAUUUGAUCACGGACCUUCUAAAGUACAUGACCAUUUUCAAGAAGAAAAAUAUCGCGUGGAUGUUGCUAGCGAUUUGGGUUUACGCCAUUUUGUGCGCCUUCCCGCCUCUUGUAGGAUGGGGGCACUUCAUCUUCCUGCCCGGAAACGCUAUGUGUUUCAUGUACUUCGGUUCUAGCUUGUCCUACGCGGCGGUUUUUACCCUUUUAGUCAUUGGUCUUCCCGUGGCGAUUAUCAUUGCUUGUUUUGUGAGAGUGCGGCAGAUCAGCAAAGCAAGCAAACGCAUCAAGUCUCUAUCACCCGUAACAUCGAUCGCAUCGGAAGAGAUAGACUCCGCGAAGACACUCUUCUCGGUCGUCGUCAUAGUAUUACUCUGUUGGUUUCCCGUAUGUCUACUGUUUCUUCUCGCGACUUUAGGAGUUGAGCUUCCAAGGCAAGUUUCUUUAAUAUCCACCUACUCUGUUUUUUUACCCUGCGCUCUAAAACCUCUCAUUUAUUUUUAUAUGAAGAAACAGUUUCGGGCUGGACUUGUUGACCUCCUGAACAAACUUGUCCCUUUUCGUAGGAGAUGGAAACGGGUUUCACCCAUGUCGCAGAUGAAAAACAACCUAAAGUGA